AUGUCCCGUCCAGAAGAUCUCCCCCGAUCGGCAUCCCCCUUGAAGCGCAGAGCCCCCAGUCUGCCCCCCGACGAAAGCCCCGCCCCGAACGCAGACGCCACCGAAGAUGUCGACAUGAUAUCCGUUCCUGCCACCAGCGACGACGUGUCCAUGGGCGACGGCGAACCCGUCCGCGGCACAGAGCACGGCGCACGAGAGGGGCAUCCUGACACGCCCAAGGCUGGGGCGCAGGACUCGCCAGGACUUGUGGAAAAUGACCAAGAUAUACCCGGGCGCUCAAGUGGUCUGGAGGCAGAUCGUGCAAGUGUUGAGGAGACGCAAGCUGGGUCUGAGCACGAGGAGGAUGUCUCUGCCGUCGGGGCCCCUCUUGCGGAGGACGCGCAAGGCCAAGACCAGGACCAGGAGCGCGGGGGAGACAAUGGCAAUGCCACCGCCGACCGCAAGGUGCAGGGCCAGAAGGCGUUCAGCUCCAACUCUGAAGACGCUGCCGAUUCUGACGCAAAGACCGUGGACACUGUUGCGACCAGUGCUUCUCUUGAGCCUCUCAAUCAAUCUCCCUCCCCCGCAGAUGCGUCUCUGGAAUCUGUGAUCAAUAAGAAAGCCAAAGCAAAUCGUAGCGGCCGCAACAGCCCUGCCCCCUUGAGCCUGGGGACUCGUGGCCGACACGGCCAAUCAGACCGUAUGGUGGGGCAAACUGGGCUCAACAACCUGGGAAACACCUGCUACAUGAAUUCUGCGCUCCAGUGUAUCCGGAGCGUUGAGGAACUCACCAAGUACUUCUUGGCAAACGAGCACGAGGAGGAACUGAACUACGACAACCCUUUGGGCCACAAUGGCGCCAUUGCUCGUGCCUAUGGGUUCCUCCUGAAGCAGAUCUACAAAAGCCCUCCGCCUUCAACCGUCGCGCCAAGGUCGUUCAAGGAUGCUGUUGGCCGCUGUGCACCUCAAUUCUCUGGCUGGGGACAACAAGAUACCCAGGAGUUCCUCGGAUUCCUGCUGGACGGGCUUCAGGAAGAUCUUAACCGGAUCAAGAAGAAGCCGUACAUUCCGAAACCCGACUCCACAGACGAGAUGGUCAAUGACCAAGAAGCGAUUCGAGAGCUCGCCGCCCAGGUCUGGGACAUCCACAAGCAACGGGAUGACUCUAUUAUCAGCGACCUUUUCACUGGCCUGUACAAAUCAACCCUAGUGUGUCCCGAAUGUGCCAAAGUCAGCAUCACGUUCGACCCCUUCACCAAUCUGACGCUGCCACUGCCGAUACAAAACGUCUGGAGCCGGAAGGUGAAGUUCUUCCCUCUGAACGACGUACCUGUCUUCCUCAACGUGGAAAUCGACAAGACAGCUAGCAUCAAGGCAUUGAAGGAUUUCAUUUCGAUUCGUGUUGGAGUACCAUCUGAGCGCAUGAUUGGGGCGGAAGAGUACCGAGACAAGUUUUUCAAGAUAUACGAAGACGACCAGCAAGCAUCGGGAGAGAUCACCAGAGACGACAUUCCGGCUUUCUUCGAGCUUGAGAGCCAGCCGACCAACACGAAAUGCAAGACCAAGAAAAAGCCGAAGAUUUACUACCCAUCCUAUGACAAGGAGGACAUCCCCGGCUGGGACGAUCCAUCGGCUGCUAGAAUGGUGGUUCCGGUCCUGCACAGGCUCAACCCUAGGUCCAACAAGGAGUCAAGAAUCCAAUCUGCGAAGAACUCUGAGAACAUCUCACCUCCACACUUCAUCAUGCUGAAACCGGAAGAGGCUCAAGAUGAAGACAUCAUCCGUCGUAAAGUUCUAGAGAAAGUUGCCACGUUUACGACGUGGUCUGCCCUAUCCUGUCUACAUCAAGAGGACACGACAGAGCACACUGACUCGGAUCAACUACUCGUCACUACCUCAGACGUGGACUCGUCGGGCGAUGCUACAGUCACUGCACAGUCUGUGGAGGGUGAGGAUGACUUGGUGGACGUCUCUAUGCAAGACAUUAUUCAAGGUGACGCUGCGUCUCAUCAAGAGGCAGAGAGACCCCAAGGAACCCUCAGGAAAUUCAACCGCCGGCGCCCGGACUGGAUCAAACCUGACGUGUAUCUUGAUGGACAGCUCCAGAAUUUGUUCGACAUGAGUUACUUUUCGGAAGACACACUUGUCCCUACUGGAUGGCAAGCUGUUGGGACAAAUUCAGAGCGAUUGUUUCCCAGGCUCGAUGCCAGGAAGCCCCGGCCUAGCACGCCGUCGCACAGUGACGAGGAUAUGCCUAGCCCUUCCGGGUCCGGGACGGCAUCCGAGGAGAGCGGUACCGAGGAGAGCGGCGAUGUCCCUGAGACCGCAGCACAGACCCGGAUGGCCGACGAACCCAGUGAGGAGGAAAGCGAUGCCAGCCUUCCGGAUCUUCAGGCAUGUUUGAAACCGACCUGGAAUUUCCCGUCCGCUGGAACAGUGCCUAAUGACGUGCAGGACAUCAACAAGGCCCCGAAUCUGCCUCUCAGACCACAGAAGGACUCGAAACUCCGUGGAGGAAAGUCCGGGGGCAAGAAGAAAGUCAAAGGCCACAAAACUUACUCCAAAAAGGGCACGAAGCGGUGGAAGCAGCAACAGCAGCAGCAACAACAGGCUGCCCGUCAAUCUUUCAAGCGCAACAGUUACGUGGAUGAGGAUCCUGAGUGGGGCUCCAAAGCGGACGGUGGUCCUCUGGUCCGUCUCGGCGAGGGCAUCUUGGUUGACUGGGAUCCUGCAGCAUGGGACGUCGUCUUUGGCGGCCAAGAGGCGGGCGGCGAUGCUAGGACGACAGCAACAGGCAACCCGACGUUUCUGAAUCUGGAUGUCCUCAAGGACCCGCAACUUGAGGCCAAGAGCCAAGCCCGGAAGACCCGUGCGAACAGGGGCAUCAGCUUGGACGACUGCUUGAAGGAGUUUGAGAAGGAUGAGAUCCUAUCGGAGGAUGAUAAAUGGUAUUGUCCCAGGUGCAAGGAGCAUCGACGCGCGGCCAAGAAGUUUGAUCUUUGGAAGACGCCGGACAUACUCAUAGUCCACCUCAAACGAUUCAGCAGCAGCGGGACCCGUCGCGACAAGAUCGAUGUUACGGUCGACUUCCCGAUUGAAGGCCUCGAUAUCACACAGCGAGUCCUGGAGAGAGAAGACGGCAAGCAGGAAAUGUAUGAUCUCAUCGCCAUCGAUGAUCACAUGGGCGGCCUGGGCGGCGGCCACUACACAGCCUUCGCCAAGAACUUUGUGAACAACGAGUGGUACAAAUUCGACGACUCGUUCGCGACGCCUGUCAAGAACCCUGAGAGCAUGAUCACAUCUCACGCAUAUUUACUGUUCUAUCGACGACGCAGCGAACGCGUGCUUGGUGGCACCAGGUUCGAGGACAUUGUGCGCCGUUUCGACACGGCCGAUGAAGAGGACGACGACGAUGCCGCUAUUAACAGCCAGGGCUCAGAGUCUCGCUAG